AUGCGCUCCAUCGCGGCUGUCCACCCGCGCACGGAUCCACGCACCACGACGGCCCUCACGAACACCACUUGCAUCACACACUGGACGAUGCGGGAGACGGUCAUCUGCCCUACACUACCUACGAGCACGCCCUCCGACACUCCCCACCCAUCCAUCAGCUUCAUCUACCGCCGUCGCCAGUGCAAGUCUCCGCACGCCCGCGCCGCACGCUGUCGUAGCGACGAGCUGUGCAUUGACGUGCAUACGUUAGCGGCCCAGAAAUGUCUGCAGCUGGUCGCGCAUCCAACGGGCGACGCUCGACACACAUCCUUGAAGGCCCGCGCACAUGCUGGCAUGCCACGCAGCCUCGAGCUCGGUGUCAGUGCUCAGCCAUCUACCAGUCACUCGAAUGCACAACUCACCGAUGCCGGGUUGCCUCCACAGCCCUCGCCUUUAUACGCUGCUCGCUCAGGGCUCCCCGUCGCCCUUCCGAGUGCUGCUCGUCGUACCGUGCGCGAUGUCCGCGGAAGCGAGCGCAGCGCAUGGAUGGCGCAGAACCUCGGCGCCACAGACGCAAACGCAAAUGCACGGACGCGUCGGACGAACGCCGCUGCUCUGCACGGCGGGCAGUGGCGCGUCUCCAUCGUUCCCAGCCUACCGCGCUUCGACUCGCGUCUCUCGGCCGACUGCACGCUGCCUGCAGCGCCUCGCCCGCACCGUCGCCCGCACCCGGCAUACGCGACUCUCAAGGACGCUUACGUCUGUGUGCCCCAGGCGGCGUUGAGCAUGCGCGACGAGUGGAAUGGGGGACGGGGCUGCGAGGAACGGUUCAGGAUGGGUGCGGCGAGCGGCGAGCUGAGGAUCCCGGACGAGGGUGGAUAA